AUGAAGCUGGCAAGACCUGUUUUGCAUCGAUUGCAAAACCUACGCCCAGCUGUUCUGGGGGCUCCAGUGGCGGAGCACUUUAAUCGGCCUUAUGCGUCGAUCGCAUCAUCCGCGAAAUUACCAUUGCAAGCCGACCAUUACAUUCAUGGCGCCUCUCAACGUUUGUCCAGGCCAGCGGCGGUGAAAAAUAGAACCCGAAAACCUAGUAACUCAAGAAGAGGUUAUGCUUCGGUAUCUGCUGCUGAGUUGCAGUUUGGACAGCCGGUACACGAGACACAUCCGCAUCUGCUUCGAGCAGGAGAACUCACGCCUGGAAUAUCGGCACAGGAAUAUGCGGAUCGGAGGUCGAAACUAGCCGCAAGUCUCCCUGACAAUGCCAUAGCGAUACUGGCAUCGUCUGAUACGAAAUACCGGUCCGGCGCGGUGUUCUAUGAGUUCCACCAAGAACCCAAUUUUCUCUAUUUGACAGGAUUCAACGAACCUGAUGCCGUAGCGGUCAUCCAGAAAACCGGAUCAUCAGGAGACUAUAUCUUCCAUCUAUUCCUCCGGCCCAAAGAUGCUUGGGCGGAAAAAUGGGACGGGGCUCGGUCUGGAGAGCAGGCCGCGUUAGAUGUCUUCAACGCUGAUGAGUCGGGGGAUAUCAACAACCUACAUUCGCUGCUACCGCCCCUUAUUAAUGGCGCUAGCGAAGUCUAUACAGACAUUGCUAAGUGCUCUGGGUUUGGACGGUUUUUCCGGGACCAGAACUCACCCCCAAAUGACUUUCAAAAGAUGAUCAAAGAUGCCACUGUAAAACCACUAAAACCUUUGAUGAACGAACUAAGGGUUGUCAAGAGCCAAUCAGAAAUUACCAACAUGCGUAUUGCUGGCAAAAUAUCCGGAAGGGCAUUUACAAAUGCCAUGCGCCGCCCAUGGAAUAAAGAGAAGGAUCUCGGCGCCUUCUUGGAAUAUGAUUUCAAGCAAGGUGGUUGCGAGGCUAGUGCCUAUGUCCCAGUCAUUGCAGGGGGGCAGAAUGCCUUGAGUAUCCAUUAUGUCCGGAAUAAUGACGUCCUCAACGAAGGUGAAAUCGUGCUUGUUGACGCAGGCGGCGAAUAUGGAGGAUAUAUUGCGGAUAUCACGAGGUCAUGGCCAAUCAAUAGGAAGUUCUCAGACGCCCAAAGAGAUCUCUAUGAAGCCAUACUCCGGGUCCAGAGAAGUUGCGUGUCACUGUGCAGGGAGGACGCAGAUAUGACAUUGGACAAGAUCCAUCAAAUUGCUGAGCGUGGUUUAACAGAUUCGUUGAACCAGAUUGGAUUUAACCUUAAGGGAGAUGACAUCCGCACUCUCUUCCCUCACCACAUCGGUCACUAUAUUGGACUGGACGUCCACGAUUGUCCAGGUUUCUCGCGGUCAGUCCCGCUAAAGUCAGGGUACUGUGUAACUGUAGAGCCUGGAAUAUAUGUCCCCGAUGAUGACAAAUGGCCUGAGCAUUUCAGAGGAAUGGGCAUCAGGAUAGAGGACAGUGUCUGUGUUGAGGAAGAAACCCCACUGGUUUUAACAACCGAAGCAGUGAAGGAAAUUGUGGAUAUAGAGGCACUACGAAACUGA